AUGACAGGGUCGCAAGCCACUACUGAAUCAUCUACCACUGAAUCCUCUUCUACUACUUCAGAGAGCUCGUCCCAAGCGGUAUUCAAACCCGCCGCCAUAACACCUUUGGGUUCCCAUACCACCAAGUUCAACACAUCGUCAGGUCCUCCCUUCCCCCAACCUCCAUCGACCUCCUCAAUCCCUGCGGUAGUCCUAACGACCGAUUCACCGCCUUCACCGCCUUCACCGCCUUCCCCGACUGCAACGCCUGAUUUCAACACAGAACUAUUUUCCACUGUCAUCACAGGCAUUCACCUCACUUCGGCUGUAACUUACGGCAUUGAUCCAUCCACAUCCCCGAGUCAAACUGCAAUUUUGGCCACCGUAAACUCUGGUUUCUGGCAGAAUAAAGCUGCUGUCGCGGGGACUUUCGUGGUUUUAGCGCUCAUCAUAUUAGGGGCGGCGGCUGGCGUGACAUUCUCCUACUACAAAAAACGAAAUGCACGAAUGCAUUCUCGCCUUCAAGAUCAGCUCUUCGACAAAGACCUCGAAUCGGAAGGGACUCGGAAUAGUUCCCCAGGUCUCAGCAUUAACGCCGCUCCCAUUGACCCCUUCACAACCCGGGAAAUAGAUUACGACCCUACCCGCGUACACGAGCAGCCACGGGAAAUGAGUUUUUAUGCGUCGCCCACCUCACUGAAUUCUGGUGAAUCAACCAAGGUGGUGCCCCGAAGUCAUAUUGGUCGGGAAUCUUAUCCAACUUCGAUCGAUUCUUUCUACGGAGCUGCCUCGCCAUCAUCUGCACGGCGAGAGGAGGCCUUCGGGCAUUGA